AUGGAUGUAAAGACCUUGCUGGACAAUCUUCAUGAUGAGUUAUCCUGUUCUGUGUGUAUGUGUACAUACACUGAUCCAAAGCAGUUGCCUUGUUUGCACAGUUUCUGUCUCAACUGCCUGAAUGGCAUUCAACGAACGAGCGGCGUCCAUGGCAAAAUUACAUGCCCCGAGUGCAGGAGACAGUUUGAGAUCCCUGGAAGUGGAAAUCUCAGCGUACUUCCCACCAAUUUUCGCAUAAACAGUUUGUUAGAUGUCUUGGCAAUUAAAGAGUGCAGUACAGCUAACGUAAAAUGCGGAAACUGUGACAAGCGGAGCGCCCAAACCUUAUAUUGCUUCCAGUGUUGUUCUUUCUGGUGCGAAGAAUGUAUCUCAGGACAUAACAUAAUACGCACCAAUAAAGAACACAAAACACUGCUACUGAAAGAUUUUCAAGAUCAAGACAUCGAGGCCGUGUUAAAGCGACCAGCAUUUUGUCAGAAAGAACUUCAUGACAAAGAGGAGUUGAAAUUCUUUUGCAAAGAUUGUAAAGUCGCCAUUUGCAACACUUGUGUUGUAACACUUCACGAAGGCCACGGCAAAAUGCUCUUGAAAGAAGCUGCAAAUGCCCGAAAGACACAAAUUAAUUACAUGACUAAAUCCUUAAAAGAUAAAGCACUGGAGAAACAAAAGGAACUCGAAAAAUUCAACCAAAAGAGCAUGGAAGUUCUAGCUCAUGUAGCCGACGUAAAAAGCCAAGUACAGACGGAUGUAGACCAAAUUAUUUCAAUCAUCGAAGCGAGGAAAAAGACUGUUUUUGAUGCGGUCGAUGAACAAGCGAAAAAAUCACUUGAAACACUCUCACAGAAAAAAGGCAAAGUUGAAAAUCAAGUGAAAAUAAUUGAAUCAGCAAUUGAACAAACUGAAUCUCUGAUGAAACGAAACUUUAGUACAGAAAUCCUUGGAUUCAAUGAAACAUUUGAUAAAAUCCUAGAGGAACAGGAAAGCCAAGGAAACCGUGAUAAUGAAUGUAUUCCUCGGUUUAGUUUCACCAAAAGUGAAAAAUUGAGUAACGUGUUAAACAGUGAAGGUAUAGGUAAUGUAAAAACUGUUUUUAGCGAAACUAAAUCGCAACAAUCAGAAGCCAAAGGUAAAGAAAGUAGUAAAGUAAUUAGUGGGAAUGAAGGGGCAAAUGUUCCCGACAGUCCUCUUAAGGCUCACUUACAAACCAGGAGUUAUAGACCUGUGCUGUCAUUUGGACAAGAAGGUAAGUCUAUUGGAAUGCUUAAAUAUCCCUUGGGGGUGGCAGUGAACGAUCGUGAUGAAAUUGCUGUGACUGAGCUCUGCAACAGCAGAGUUUCAGUGUUUAGUAGCGACGGUACCCACUUAAGAUCGUUUGGUAGGGAGGGUCAGAAAAAUGGUGAGUUUAAACAGCCUUCAGGGAUUGCUUUUGAUAGUGUUGGCAAUAUUGUAGUGGCAGACUGUUAUAACCACAGGGUGCAACUCUUUGAUAGAAAUGGUAAGUUUCUUCGUAAGUUUGGCAAAUAUGGAACUCUUCACAAGCUUAAAAACCCUGAAGGUUUAUCAAUAAACGGCAACGGUCAUAUUGUUGUUACUGACAGAGAAAACAAAUUAAUCAAGAUAUUCACUUCUAGUGGGGAGUAUUUAAGAAAAUUUGGUGGAGCAGGGGCUUUGGUUGAACCCUAUCACUGUAUCCAACACAGUCAAUAUUUUAUAGUCUCAGACUAUGGUGACGAUUCCAUUAAAAUGUUUGAUCUCGAGGGAAAGUUUAUUUCUAAAUUUGGAAAACAGGGGAACAAGGAUGGAGAGUUUAAUGAGUCCUGUUAUUUGUCAAUUAACAAACAAGGAUUACUAAUGGUCUGUGAUGCAGGGAAUCACAGGGUUCAGGUAUUUGAACUGAGUGGAAAGUUUGUUACAAAAUUUGGAAGUGAAGGUAGCGGGAAAGGCGAGUUUAAUUAUCCAGUUUCUACAGCAAGUCUUAGUGAUGGAAGAAUAGUCGUGAGUGAUGUGAAAAACGAUCGAAUCCAGAUAUUUGACCAAAUAUGA